AUGAGGACUAUGUGUUCCUUCAUCCUGGGAGCAAAUGGAGAACCUUUGGCGUUUCCACAAUCUGCUCAAGAGGAAGUUGUUCGAACAGUAAUUGAACCAAUGGCUUCUGAUGGACUUCGUACAAUUGCUAUCGCCUACAAGAACUACGUUGGUGGUGGUGCUACACCAGAAAGCAAUGAAUUUCCCAUUCCAAAUGGCAAACGUAUGGACCUAGAAGAUGAAGCAAAUUUAAUUUGUGACUUGACUUGUCUUGGAAUUGUGGGCAUCGAAGAUCCCGUUCGGUCUGAGGUUCCAGCAGCCAUCCGCAAAUGUCAGCGAGCCGGUAUCACUGUUCGCAUGGUAACAGGUGACAACAUCAAUACCGCCCGAUCCAUUGCAAUGAAGUGCGGAAUUAUCUCGGAGGGAGACAAUUAUCUUAUCCUUGAUGGAAAGACUUUCAACCAACGCGUGAGGGAUCCCCGAACUGGCAAGGUCAAACAGGAGUUGAUGGAUCAAGUCUGGCCUUCUCUCAGGGUGCUUGCACGUUCCUCACCCCAGGACAAGUACACUCUGGUAUCAGGAAUUAUUGAUAGCCAUUUGACAAGAGCGAGAGAAGUUGUUGCCGUCACCGGCGAUGGUACCAAUGAUGGCCCCGCGUUGAAAAAAGCGGAUGUUGGUUUCGCCAUGGGAAUUGCUGGCACAGACGUGGCCAAAGAGGCGUCGGAUAUUAUUCUCACCGAUGAUAACUUCACUAGUAUUGUUAAGGCCGUUAUGUGGGGAAGAAAUGUCUACGAUUCUAUUGCAAAGUUCCUCCAAUUCCAGCUGACUGUCAAUGUGGUGGCUGUUAUUGUUGCCUUCGUUGGUGCCUGCUUUAUCACGGUAAGUGGAAAAUUCUAG